AUGGAGGACAUAAUUGACUCCAUCAAGCAUCCCCGCAAUCGCGGAGUCUCGCGUAAUGUCUGGGACGAUGGCAAACUCGAUCUUACCUUCAUAUUUCGAGCAGCGGUCCUGGAGCUAUGUGAUCCGAGCUUCCUUGCGUACGCUGAUUCGAAGGCCAUGGCCCGAUUUCAGGGCUUCGAGGGCGAUGGCCCUGCCGACGAAUCCGGUGGCGCCGGUGAUAAAGAUGAGGCCGGAGGGCAUUUGACGCUCUAA